AUGGUUUCUCAAGUGAUCGAUUCGAUGAGAGAAAAAGCUGAAAUUUAUGUAGGAGAAACAGAGUGCCAGAAGAGAGCUAUCCAGCUGCUUGACGAAUUCAAUAUCCCCAGAGGACUCCUCCCUCUCGACAACAUAGUCGAGAUCGGGUUAGUCCAAUCUGAGGGCUUCAUAUGGCUUCGGCAGAAGAAGAAGAAGGACCAUUACUUUGAGCAAAUCGGGCGGAGUGUUUCAUUUGCUGCAGAAGUCACGGCAUUCAUUGAGCCUCGUCGGAUGAAGAAGGUGACCGGAGUGAAGGCAAAGGAGCUUCUUCUCUGGAUUGGGGUCUCGGAGAUGUUGGUGGAUAACUCUAAUUCCGGGAACAUCCAAUUUAAAACACAUACUGGGAUUUCCCGAUCAUUUCCUGUUUCAGCUUUUGUAAACUAA